CCUCUCCAAGGGCUGAAUGGGAAAGUUAGGCCUCAGGCCUCGAAAUCGCCUCAGACGAGGAGGCCGAUUGCACGGGAUCCCUUUAACUCUGAGGGCCGCCACCAGCAGGACCUCCGCCCGUUGCCCUCUCUAGGCCUUUAGAGGCCUUCAUUCAGCAAAGGGAGAUGGAUUUCAAGAUGGGAGGCCGGGAUCAGGCCUAGCUGGAGUGGAGUCAGACUGCGUUCAUUCAACAACAGGAAUGGGUACAGCCACAUUUCUUCAGAAUCCUUUGGUCUUGCUUCAUAAACACUACGAAUCUGCAAUAGCUAUGUCUGAUGGAAGGCAACACCUUUCUGGUGCAGCAAAAAGGAAAAGGGAGUUAAAGGCAGCUUACCCAUCUAAGUCAAAGCAUGCUCUUAUGAAUUUUAUAACAGUAGAUACUACAGGUGAAGCUUCUGUAGACACUGGAAUGUGUGUAAGUGCUGGCUGUCAGGAAGUGACUGUUCUAAAUAGUCAGACUACAGAUGAGCCAACAAUUACUGCAUCCUCAUCUCAAACAGAAGUUAAGAUGCAUAUAUCUGAAGAUUACAAAACAGAUGUAACUAUGGUGGAUGAGCUGGUCACGGCUACCACUGAGUACAGUCCAUCCAUUUUAGACGAUCCAGGUCUGUGGAUGGAUAUGAAUAGUGAUAUGAGAGAUUUCCUUGUACUGAAUGGUCCACAGCAAGUGAAAAUAUUCAGUUUCCCAAAAGAUUCUGUAAAGAGAAGCUUCCAUCGCAUGUAUUACUGGCGUGAACUACCUAAUGGGGACAAGUUGGAAAGACCAUGGCUUAUGUAUUCAAAGACCCAGAAUGCUGCCUACUGUUUUUGCUGCAAACUUUUCCAGCCCAAUACUUUAUUUGCAUUAUGUUCUAACGGAACAAAGGAUUGGAGAAACUUGGCUAGAAAUUUAGCGAGCCAUGAAAAGACACCUUAUCACCAGAAAGCGUUUUGUAGCUGGAAAGAGCUUGAGGUACGGCUAAAAUUGAAGGUAAACAUAGAUGAUAAAGAUCAAGAAAAGAUGGCAUCUGAGACACAUCACUGGCAAAAUGUUAUGAAGAGGCUCAUUGGCAUUGUGAAAGUGCUUGCUGCUCAAAAUCUCUCAUUGUAUGGAACUUCAGAUCAGCUCUUUGUGCCAGAUAAUGGUAAUUUCCUUAAAAUUGUGGAGUUGAUGGGAGAGUUUGAUUCUGUACUUAAAGAGCAUUUAAGAAGAGUAACCACCAAAGAAAUCCAUAGCCAUUAUCUGGGGGAAACAACUCAAAAUGAGAUCAUUCAGUUACUGGCAACAGAAGUAAAACAAAAGAUUUUGUCACUUCUAAAGUCUGCAAAAUAUUACUCUAUCGUUUUGGAUUGCACAGUUGGCAGCAGCCAUGUUGAACAAAUGAUCUUAAUGGUGCGUUUUGUAACUGCAGUAGAAGCAACUGCAAAUGUUGCUGCAGUGGUGAACAUCAGAGAACAUUUCUUAGAAUUUAUUGAUGUAGAUGAUGCUAAAGGAUGUAGUAUGGCAAAUGUCCUCCUUAAGAGGCUGGAAGAAAUGGGUAUUGCAAUAGUAGAUAUGAGAGGACAGAGUUAUGAUAAUGGAGCCAACAUGAAAGGGAAGAACAGUGGGCUGCAAACAUGGCUGCAGGAGUUAAACCCCUGUGCCUUUUUUGUCCCGUGCAAUUCCCAUUCAUUGAACAUAGUAGUCACAGAUGCUGCAUCUAAUUUUAGUGAAGCGGUUGAAUUUUUUAAUGCAGUCAAAAGUAUCUAUGUUUUUUUCUCUGUAUCAGCACGUCGAUGGGAAGUUCUUAAGCAGUAUCUGGGAACUUUCAAUCUUAUUCCAAAAUCUACAAGGUGGGAAAGUAGUGUAGAGGCAGUAAAGGUUAUCAGACAUCGGAUUGGGGAAGUAUAUGAUGCUAUAAAUGCAGUUAUGGAGGAUGGUGCUUUGACAAGAGCUGCUCAUAGCAAAACACAGGUAGAGGGGGAGAGGGUAGCAGGUAAUAUAUGCAAUUUCAAGUUUCUGUGUUGUCUAGUUUUGUGGCAUGACAUAUUGUUAGAAAUAAAUGUUGUGAACGAGAAACUGCAGGAAGUCAACCUCGAUAUUAUUGGAGUAGUAAAACAACUUGAUAAAACAAAGUUAUAUCUCCAAUGUUAUUGGUCAGAUGAGGGAUUUGAAAAUAUUCUGAAAAGUGCACAGAAAUUAGCAGAAGAGCUUGUUAUUGAUGUUGAUUUUCCACCUGUACAAGAACUUAGAUCUCGCCACAUCACAGAUUUUCAUUUUGAAGCAAGAGAUCUAAUCAGAGACCCCAAACAAUACUUCAGAGUUAAUUUUUUUAACCAAGUCCUAGCCUGUGCUAUCCAGUCAGUUGAAGAAUGUUUCUUGCAACUCAAGGAACACAGUAAUAUAUUUGGGAUGUUAUAUGAUAUAAAAUGUCUCAAUGAAAUUACACCUGAGGAUCUCCGACAGCAGUGUGGAGCUCUAGAAAAAGUUCUAACUCAUGGCAAAUUGCGUGACAUUGAUGGAAAUGAUUUACAUGACGAACUGAAAGCACUCUCCAAAUAUGUUCCUGUGGGCUCAACUCCAAAGGACGUUUUGGAAUAUAUUUGUGCAAAAAGAAUAGUCACCUUAUUUCCAAAUACUUUUAUUGCUCUACGCAUACUUCUAACACUUCCUAUAACAGUUGCCAGCAGAGGCCAUUGUUUGUCCAAGCUGCAGUUGAUAAAAACACAUUUGUACUCUACAAUGAUGCAGGACAGAAUAGAGGGACUUGCAGUUGUAGCAAUUGAACAUGAACUGGCUGAAAUUAUUGAUCUUAAAGAAGCCGUUCAUAUAUUUGCAACUAAGAAGGCACAGAGAUCGCCAUUUUGAUUAUUCUGCCUUGAAUCCCAUGCCAGGAGAUAGGGCAUUAAAUAAAUAAAUGCAUUCUUCAUAUGGGGUGAAGUAACGAAGAAAUUCAUAUAUUUGCAACAGAAGAUGACUAUUUUGAUAUUUUGAAUGGGAACAAUUUCUUAUCUGCUGAUUAGAAAGGUUUAUUGUUUGGAAGCUUUCAGGUUAGUUAAUGACUUUGAAGACCCAGGCUGAGUCCCAACACUUUUCUCUUGGUGAGUGCAGAGCACAUUCAUGAAACAUGUGGACACUUGAGAAACUUGCAACAGCCAUAACACAUCUUUCUUGUACUCUCGUCCUCAUCUUCCUAAAGAGUUUCCAGAUUACUGUUCUCUUACUUGGAAUGAGUCUUGCUACAUCACUCCUCUGAAACCUGAGCCAGCUAAACAAAAAUCGUUUCCGAACAAUCAUGGUUUCAUCUUGCCUUUACAAUAGAGAUCAGGUGAAUGCUUUGAUCAUGGGUCUUCCUGAAUUUGGGGAUAUUCAGAAAUGAGACCUUACAACAUUUUCUUUUUGCAGCCAUGAAAGUACUGCUUGGAGCCUGAGAUUUUACAAAGGCAAGAGGAGAUUGUGGAGCUAAAGGCUUCUCGUGCAGUAGCAAUUUUAAUCUUGUCUCCCUAUUCUUCCUCAACUGAGGAGUAGGCUUGGCAAAUUGUGCAACUUUGCACUACAUGCCCUUCUUCAAGACAUAAAUGACACAUAGAAUGGCCAUCCAUGUCUGGCAAUUUACCAUUAUAGUUCUCACAACAUUUGAAGUGAGUUGUUGAAGACAUCGGAAGUAGCAAUGAGGUAAUUAAAAUGUAGAAACUAAACAACAGUUGGUCCUAACUGAGGAAAGUUGGUCAGAAGUCAGUUGGUCAGACUCGGUCGUCAUCUUAACAAUCCAGAUGAAGCUGAGAUUUCUAAUGUAAACUUAAGUUCCUUCCGAGGCAGCUGCACAGUGGAGGGAAAAGAACUGAGGAUUUGCUGGCAACCAAUUACUUAUAUAUUGACAUGAGAGGGGGUUGCGGUGUUACUGCCAGAACUUUUUCCUGCCUAAUAAUACUAAAAUAUUCUGAGAGACUGCGCAGUUCUCAGUACCCAGUUGUGUGGUUUACAGACACCAGGAAGAAGAAAAACAUUAAAUAUAUAAAUAUUUUGAAAGGCUACUAUUCAUAGAAAUUCUGAGGGUUUGCUUUAUAUAUAACCAUAUUAAUUUUAUUAGCCUGAUAUAGAAAGAUGAUUGAAGCUUCUUAAUAUGACAUGCCCAUUUCCUUUUUUUGGCAGGGUGACAAAAAAAGACAACCACUGUUGUCACUGUUAUGGUUUUAUUUAUUUAUUUACGGCAUUUAUAUGCUGCUCUUCUCACCCCGAAUGGGACUCAGAGCAGCUUACAAGUAAUAUGUAAAUACAAUAAAUUGUAUUAUUACCAUAGUACAAUAUUAGUAUUAUAUAUUACUAUAUUGUACUACACCAUUAUACUGUGAUAUUAUUAGUAACAUUACAUGUAAUAUAAAAUAUAUAAUUAUAAUGUAUUAUUAUUAGUAUUAUAUUGUAUUACAUUAUAAUAUUAUCAAUAUUAUAUGUAUAUACAAUAUAUUAUUACCACAGUGCAGGAAAUAAGUUGGAACUGUCAUCCUGGCCCCCUCUCUUCACUCUGGUCCCAGAACAGUAGUUGGUACUGGAGGGAGGGGCUCCCAAAUGAUGACAUAGGAGACAAGAUGGGUAUUUAUGAUGUUUUGAAAGCCAGAUUAUUUUCCAUCUUUUUCUAAGACGAUAUUUUUCAGUGUUUUUUUCCAAGGGCUGCCUAGCAAUACUGACUCUCUUUGCACUCUGUAUUGGCCAAUCAGUAUACGGAAAAUAAAUUGUUCACGUUUUCAAUGCUU